ACGCCGGAGAAGCUUGCAGGCAGUCCGCACAGUUGAUUCGGCGAUGAAAAGUGCCGAGAAUCAGCAUCGUGCAGAUUCCUCGCUGUCAUGCAAAGAAAGGCACGCGAUUUAGGCGUGUGCGCAUGCGUGGUCGCCUGUGUCGAGCCCCAUGGAACGAACGGCUCACUGAUCGCGAUGGCGGGUCCGGCGCAAGACGGAGACAAACUUUUAAAGGGGUCUAAAAUAUCAGUAAUGGUAGAGGAGGCUCUAAUCGACGUCAUUAUAGUUUCUUUUAACUAUAGCGGCAAGGUAUUUCAAGGCGCACUGCUCGACGUCACGAAAAAGAAUAUUCCCUUUGGCAUCAGCCCUUGGGGUGGACUAGAUCAAGAUCAAAGGGGCAGCAGCACGCAAACCCUUGCUGAAGCUGUGGCAGAAAGAAGUGACAAAUUUCAUGCAUUAAAGCAGAGACACACCUACUUCCAAGAAAAGCCCAAUGACGAACUCCCUGUGCCAAGCCGAUCCUGGGCGAAAUCACGCAAAUCAACAGGGCGUAACAGCCGUGACCAAAGUGUGCGCAUGCGGCGGCUACGUCCAAGACAGGUGCUUUGCUCACAUUGCCGGGCAAUCUGCAAUGAAAACUCUGAGAAUGUGCAGCUUUCAAGUGUUAAAAAAGAGUCACCUCCUGUACUUAGCUCAGUUGGCUGCUUGCCCGUUUCCAAAUGUGAACCUGAUGUUCCAGCACGUAUUCCUUCAAAGACUGGAGUUGCAAAUGAUGAGGACACUAUGAUCAUACAGACAUCCCCCUCACCUCGUACUGAGGAGUCGCCAAGGCCAAAGCAUGCUGUGUAUGCCAGUGUGGCUGAAAGCCUUGACUUGAAGAAUGCCCAGCUGCCAACCCAGGCCGGAGCAGAAGAGUUUCAAUCCAAAAGCGAGUAUCAGGCUGUCGCACUAAUGCCCCCUGCAAUCAAUAGAAUGAUCUUGCGCAAGCGCAAGUGGAAUGAUGCUGAAGAUCUUCCACGAAGCAGCACAGACCCCAUGGAACUGGUGACGCCACACAGCAAGCUUGUUCCUGUUCGAGCAGCCCUGACAAAAACCAGUCCAGUGAUUAAGAUCUCAUUUGCGAACCCUCAAGGAAAAGGCACAGUUGUCAAAAUUCCAGCCAAGCUUCAGUCCACAGGCGCCAGCGACACAGACGGAGACAGCAGCAUAGAGUGCUCGCCUGUGAGACCUAGAGACACAAGUAGUGCCCGGGCUGCCAAGAAGGCCCUCAAAAAGGCUCGCAGGGACCACCACAAAGGUCCUGUUCUUGCUCCAGCUUCUCCAAGCCUAGCAAAGCACAAGGUCAAGCAUCACAAGCACAAACUGAAGCGUAAACGGAGACAUCGUGAGCCCCCACCAGAUGAGCCACGAAAUGAUGUAGAGAACAGCCCCAGCUACGGACUGGAAGGUAACGAAGUAGUGGAACCAGCUGAAGGCCUACUAGAGGAAGGGCGUUCACACAAGCUAUCCAUCAGCCUGCGGCGCUUGGGUGCCAAGGCAUACAUGAGGUGCAGCCCAAAGUAUGAUGACCUUCUCGCCAGCAGUGGUUCCGGCAGUGAGUGUGGUGACGUACCCGAGUUCCCCAAACUAGAUCCGUUACGUGAGAUGGACAAAGUGAAGCCACUCAUGAUGCGCAUCAGCACACACAAUGUUAAGCGCUGCACCCUUGAUGGGGGCCGGGAAAUGGCUGUGGGUGACAUAGUUUGGGGCAAGAUCCAUGGCUUCCCUUGGUGGCCUGGCAAAGUGCUUGCCCUGAGUGUGUCACAGCGUGACAACGGAGCUGCCAUUAACCAGCAGGCCCAUGUUGCCUGGUUUGGCUCAUCCACCUCAUCCUACAUGCCGUGCCACCAGCUGAGCCCCUUUCUCGACGACUUCAAGGCCCGUUACAACAAGAAAAAGCGGGGCCCCUACAAGGAAGCCAUCCGGCAGGCCACACUGGAGGCAGCUGCCUGCCAGGAACUGCCGCCCGAGUUGGCUCUAAUUUGAACCUCAUUGCUGGGCCAUUGAGCGUUGCAAAGCACCACCCCCGUCCCGUUUCUACUUGGCUGCAAUCAUUGCUGAUUUCUCUCUGCAAGUCCGCUGCAUAACAGGGUAUAGAACGUGAUUCAGGGGUAAUCUUGAAUCAUUGCAGUAUACAUAUAUAUAUAUGUAUAUAUAUAUAUAUAUAAAUGUGUUACAUAUAUAUAUAUGUACAUAGGCUCUAUUUUUGUUUGCCGGAGGAGUAGCAUUUGCUACAAUGCACCACUGGCUCUGGGCAGGUUCCGUGGUUUCUAGUCACGAGGGCAUAUGCCAUUCAUGGGCAGCAGGUGCUGCCCUCUCUUCUCCGGUGGGCCCGCUGGUCCAAGCAGUUGUAAACUUGCUGCGGAACUUGUCACUUGCAGCCAUUCCCCAAAGCGAGGAUGUCGAGUGCCUUUUCAUCUCUUUCAAGCUUUCUCCUGGGGCAGGCGUUUGGCCCCACUUAAGUCAUAGUUUUGUGCAGUAAUUUGCUUUUAUUCAUAUCACUUGUUUUAAAGCUUUUUCGAGGGGCUAAUGUUGAGCUAUGCUUAUCAACGUUUGUCUGCUGUACUCUACUCUUCUACAGGUAGCAUUUCCUUAUGAGGUACUUUCAUUACAUCCCUCCUUGACUGCCAUGUUUAUACCUGUGUGUUUGACAUUCUCUUUGUAUUCUUGAAUGUGUUGUGCUGUAGAAGCUUCUUUCUGUGCCAUUUGUGCGUUCAUAGUAGAGUUGAAUUUUGUGAAUCACUGCUUUUGGUGUACUAUACUCCUAAUGAUCACAUGGUAACUUACAACCCAGUGCUCAAACUAGUGUCAUCGUCUGUCACCAGAACCACUUGUCAACACUAAGGUAAAGAAAGGUUGUGCAUUAGAUUUUAUAGAAAACAUGUUCAGCGUAUCCUGAAGUAUGCAUUUUUUCUGCAAUAGUACAACCGAAGCAGCCGAUCCUGCAGCUGUCUGGGAUGCCUCGUAAAAGAGCUUAGAGACAGCUAGCGGAAACUGUUGGGAGUUCUCUAAAAAUGCAUUACUGCCAUCAAUUGGGGUUGGUGUUCUGGCAUCAGUCAUGAAAAAUUCUGGUAGUGCAUUCUAUGUCUGUAUUGUGCUUUUCGCCCUGACGCUGUCUAUCAGGUACUGCAGCCAUUUAUUCCUAAUUAGCUUUACAAGGUCAAGAAAUGAAUGAUGACUCAUACUGACAUUGUAGUAAACUUUAAUUUGCGCAGACGAUCUUGUGUGCAGCUCCUGUGAAGUUAAUCAAGGAUGUGUUGGAGCAAGCUUUUUCUCAAAGUCGUGCUUGACACCAUUGGCUUCCAAAACUGAUUAUUAGAAAAACCUGUUGGUGGUAGCAGCUGCUGCAUGUAGCAAAACUGUUCACCUGCUAGUUCAAAAGGGUUGCUUCAGUUAUUUGUGGAACAGUUUCUUGGAAAGGGCCAGUUGGCAUGCCAAGUACCCAUUGAGUACCAUCUGUUGGUGCUUGUGUCAGCCACCCUUCAGUGUGCAUAAUGACAUCAGGUUGGCUGGCCCCUUUGGUGCGUGUUGAAAUGUUACUGUUGUGCAUUUUGAAAAGUGGUGUUAAGGUGGACAUUUUGAAGCAGUGUGUCCUUGGACUGAAUGCAAAUAGGCAGUGGUCCUCAUGUGCAACAGAGCUGGACCGCAGCAGACUUGUGCAUUGUGUGAUGGCCCCUACUGUGAUGACCAUGUUGACCUCGACUGAUGUAAAUGACUCGAGCUGUGUGUUUCUUGCCUUGCACUGAAUGCAAGGGUUGCCAUGAUUUAUUUCAUGACAAUUUGCAUUGCAGGGAUGUUUGACCUUUCCGGUGUGCACAGGCUGUGUGUGCAUGGUCUUAGAGGUAAUCUCAUUGUAAAAAUGUGUACAAAAGGUACAAUUGCUUGAAAAUAAACACUGUAUUCACUUGGAA